GAACGCCAGUUAGCCGCUAGCCAACAUGCUUGCUAUGGUUCCUAACAUGCUUACUAUGGUUGUGGAUUAAAUAGAUGGUGGAGGUCCCCAAGCCAAGGCUGCAGUGAACUUUUUAGUGAUUUGUUGAAUAAAAUUGUUGAAGGUGGUGAUCUGCGGUGUUGAAUGAACAUGUGGAGCUCCGGCCGCCGUGUCCUUCAGGAUCUGCUCAGCCAGACUGGUGUCAGGAGCUUCUUCUUGACUCCUGCUCAGAACACAGUUGUGGUGGAGCGCUGGUGGCAGGUGCCCUUAUCUAAAGUAGGCAGUCCGCCGAGGCUUCACCCUCGGAGACACAGAAUCUACAAGCUGGUUGAAGACACCAAACACCUUCCCAAGGAGAAGAUGGAGCUCAUCCUGACUCAGACAGUACCCAAGCUCGGGGGGCGAGGAGACACUGUGUUUGUGAAGAAGUCCGUUGGCAGAAACAAGCUGCUGCCCCAAGGCCUUGCUGUGUAUCCUUCCCCGGAGAACAAACAGAUGUUUGCUGAGGAGUUACGAGUUUUGCGUGAGGGGAAGCUGGAGGAAAGAGUCCAAACCCGCACAGGACAGAUGACCAUUGAUUUCCUUAAACGCUCCGAGUUGAGGAUACACCAAAUGCCAGUUGAUGAAUUCCAGGUCACUAAAGAAGUAAUCUGCAGACAGUUUCGCAAGAAGCUGGGAGUUGUUGUGCCACCUCAUGCACUGAGUGUUCCAUUUGAGUCAGUCAAGGACGUGGGUGACUACUGGUGUGAAGUUACAGUUAAUGGAAUAGGCACAGUUCGUGUCCCUGUGUCAGUGGUGCCGUACGAGGACCUGUCAGCAAGCUAUCAGAGGCAGCUGAAAACACAAAUGCAGCAGCAGGCAGCCGAAGAUAUUUCAGAAGCUGCUGAUGUGGAGGAAGCUGCAGUGGAAGCGGAAGCUGAUAAAGACUCCAUGAGUAAAGUUAGUGAAGCUGAAGAAACGGCAGGGAGUGCAAAGACGAGUCAAGACACAACAGCACCACCAAGUGACAGCCCCAAAAAAGACUGAAGGACUUGACAUCAUGACCAUAGAACUGAAAUGGAUGUUUACCUAUAAUACA